CUCAUAUCCAGAGGAGAGAAAGAGAGGAGGAAAGAAUACAGAGGAAGGAUGAGGGGAAAUCACAAUCCUCUUCCUUGGCCAGCCUCUCCACCACCAUCAUAAGGAUGUCUUCAUGAGGCCCAACUGGCAUUGAUGUGGUCACCUGAGUCCCUCCUGGGAGAUGGAAUGCUUCUCAUCCGGAGAACCUGUCUUGGUGACAUUGGCAGAGAUGGACUUCCACUCUUCUCUAUGAUCUGUGUGGUGGGGAUGGGGGAUGCUGACCAUGAGGCUGGAUUAAGAGGAACAACAGCUCAUCAUCGCUCCAUGGAGAUGUGUCCCUGGAUUGGUUUUGUACUCUCAUGAGAAGCUACAGGUUCGGCGUCUCCUGACAGCUUCCGUUGCAAUCUCGUCAAAGUGGCUGGACGAUUUACCUGUCUUUCUAGAGAGGCAAGGCCCUCCUCUGCCAUUGAAAUAUGCACCAGAUCCUGAUCCUGGCUUCCUUGUGUCUCUCCUCUCUUCUGGAAAUUCCCGCUAUUUACCAAAAGCCAACUGGAAAUCCAGCUACACCAGCACCCCUCCAAUUCCUACUGGAGCCAGUGACCAAGCUAGUGCACACUCAGAGAGGAGCUACUGUCACCCUGCCUUGCAUCCUGAGGACGCUACCCCAAAACUACAGGGUCAGGUGGAGCAAAGUGGAGCCGGCCGAAUACAUGGAGGUUGUCAUCCUGAUCACCAACGGGGUGCACCACAAAACCUAUGGCCCACUGGGCAGCCGGGCCCGCCUGAGGCGCAGCCACCGCUACGAUGCCUCGCUGACCAUCUCUGACGUGGCGCUGGAUGAUGAGGGCCGCUACCGCUGCCAGCUGAUCAACGGCCUGGAGGAUGAGAGCAUAUCUCUGGUCCUGCAGUUAGACGGAAUUGUCUUCCCCUACCAGACCAGCCAAGGGCGCUACAAAUUCAACUAUUUUGAGGCCAAAAAGGCUUGUCAAGAGCAGGACUCCCGCCUGGCAAGCUACGGACAACUUUAUAGAGCUUGGACAGAAGGGCUGGACUGGUGCAACGCAGGAUGGGUCAUGGAAGGAACAGUCCAUUACCCCAUCAUUAACUCCCGCGAGCCCUGUGGCGGACGUCUUCUUCUCCCAGGGGUUCGAAGUUAUGGCGCCCGGGACAAGCUGAAAGAUCGGUUCGAUGCCUUCUGUUUCAGUUCAGCUGUGAAAGGCCGGGUCUAUUUCAUCCGGGGCCACAUGAAUUUCAAGGAAGCCACUCAAGCCUGCCGCAACGACAGGGCUGCCAUCGCCAAGGUCGGGCAGCUGUACGCUGCGUGGAAAUUCUCCCAGCUGGACCGCUGUGACGGAGGCUGGCUUGAUGACGGCAGUGUGCGCUUUCCGAUCAACAUUCCCCGUGCCCACUGUGGGGGACUCACAAAUCCCAGUGUCCACAGCUUUGGAUUUCCCAGCAAGUUACGAAAGAAAUAUGGAGUCUACUGCUUCUCAGUGAAGUAGAGAGGAUGAGAGAGACAGAGAAAUUUAGAUACCAGCUAGGCCCAAAGAGGACCACACAAAAUGACAUACAUACAACCCUUUUGCAAAAGAUCUCUUUCCCCAAGGACACCCUUGGAGGGUGUUGGUAUGACAUCCCACAGGGGCUUUUCCUCACCAUGACUUUUCCGUGAUCCCUAUCUUAAUCUAAGGAUGGAGUUCAUAGGUCACAGGCUUUGGAAUCACACAAACUGUCUUUGUGUAUGCAAGUGUAGGUAUUUUUGGAGCCUUGUCCUGAGUUUUUCGUCUUGAAUUUGUACAACCCCUACAUUUUUCCUAGGUUUGGAGAGAGAUCUCCCACCCACCACUGACACUUGGAGGUCUAUGUCUCUCUCUCUGUGCCUGUUUACAGGCACACUCAGAACUAGUUUGUUCUCAGUGUGCCAGAUCCCAUUAUCUUGCCCCAAUUAAUGAAAUACUUGAUUGCUUUUAGUAAUAAAGUGAAUACCUCCUAAAACAGGCACUAACGUUACAACAAAUGUCCUGUUAAUAUGGACAUUUGCUUGCAAACCCAUUGCUUCACUACCUUAUUAAGUAUUCUUUUAAAAAAAUAUAAACCUGGUAUCUUGAUUUUUAUUCUUCCUGACUUGGUACAACCUCCAGUUUUUCGGUUUUGAAGAAAGGUAUCCUGCCCACCUCAGCCACCUACUUACACUUGGGCCCAUCUAGAAUUCUUUGGAGGAAGCCAUGCUCUUUCCAGGCACAGGUCCAUGCGUUAAAGCUCUGUGUCUAAGGGCUCUUUUUUCCCCUCUAGAGCUUUCCAUGCAAAAACUGCUCUUUCGUGCUCAACUGGAGCAAACAACAAUUUAGGGUGUCUGCGGUUCGCCAUUUGCUCUGAUUCAGCUUUAAAGAGUGGGUGUUUGCAGGGAAAGCUCCGGAGAAAAAAGGGUGCUCAGACACAGUGCUUUGAAGAGCAGACCGUGCCUGGAAAGAGCUGAGGAAAUACGUGUGGAUAAGAAGUGUGAGUCUAUGGCAAAUGCUGGAUGCUCACAUUUUCCAAUCAGCAUGAAACCUCAGCCACACCUCCCCAUCCAGAGACCACUUUUUUAGUGUUCCACACCAAAGAUUAAAAAGUUUGACAAACAUACAUCCUUUUUUUUAAAAAAAAACUCUUGCUUAGGCAAAUUGUAUAACCUAAAGGAGGGAGGAAUCCCCUCCCCCAAACAGCCAAAUGGAGACUGAGCAUGCUCAAUAGGCAUGACAUGUUGACUGCCUGUUGUGUGUACAUAAAGGAGGAAUGGAAAAUUGGGUUGGGAUGCUGGGGGAUGGAAUGGAGUAUCCUAGAAAAAAGCUGGCUGGCUGGAACCUGGAACAGGAACACGCCAUGUUGCAAGUUUCUGUUGCAGGUCCUGCUUGUUAGCUGCAGUAGCCAAUUGGCCUUCCAUAUUCAGAGGCAUUAUGCACUUCUGAAUAGCAGGUGCUAAGACAGAAACAACAGAGAGAUGUUGUUUUUGUGUUCUGCUUUUAGGCUUCUCAAAGGUAUCUGGCUGUUGGAGGAAGGGUAUAGGUCAAUCUCAAAAUAACACAAUGUAAGGAGGCUCUUAACUGUCAUAUUAUGCCUAGAAGAUGGCUUAGAGUAACAUUUGCCAAUCUGGUACCCUCCAAACUGGAUUACAAUGUGCUGACUGGAGAUGAUGGAAGCAUAGCUGCCAAGUCUCCAGUAUUCCCCGGGAAACCCUCGUUUUUCCGGCUGUCCCCAGCCGAAAAAACUGUUUUUUUUUGUUUUUUCCUGAUUUAUUCUGGCGCGGUGGCCAUUUUGGAACUGAGCUGAGCAUGCUCAGAAGCAACUUUUGAUGCUGCUUUGCCCAGUUCCAAAAUGGCUCCAGUGUGACUUCUGGUGCGGCAGCCAUUUUGGAACAGGGCAGAGCAGCAUCAAAAGUCACUUCUGAGCAUGCUCCGCCCAGUUCCAAAAUGGCGGCAGCGCUACUUCCGGUUUGCUACUUCCGGUCCAGUCCCUUAUUUCUCAGGCCAGAACUUGGCAGGUAUGGAUGGAAUUUGUAGCCCAACAACAUCUGGAGGACACUAGGUUGAUGAAGACUGGUCCAGAGUGUUCCAUUCUGGCUAAUCACACUUAGUGAUAUGUGCUUUCUUGCACAUGGAUGCAAAGGGACAUUUUAAUAAGUAAAUGUAAAUACAUAAAAUAUUCAGUUUCAUUGUGCAUGUGCAGAGUGCUUUGUACCCUCAAACUUGGGAUUUACUUCUAAAUAAACAUGCUGAGGAA